ACCCUUCCUCUCUCUCUUCCCUAUAUAUGUAUAUGCGUAGACAAGUUCCCCCAUGCCUUUUACGCAAGUCAAACCAUUUCUCUCUAAACAAGAGAAGAAAAAGAGUAAUCAGAUAAGAGAGUAGCUAGAAAAAUAUAGAAAGUUCAGUCUUUAAUUAGUGAACCUUUCUUUCUUGAAAUAGCUUGAAAGAGAGGGUUUAUCAAGAAAUGGGAAGGCCUCCAUGUUGUGAUAAAAUUGGUGUGAAGAAAGGGCCAUGGACUCCUGAAGAGGAUAUCAUUUUGGUUUCUUAUAUUCAAGAACAUGGUCCUGGCAAUUGGAGAUCUGUUCCUACUAAUACUGGUUUGCUCCGGUGUAGCAAAAGCUGCCGGCUCCGUUGGACUAAUUAUCUCCGUCCAGGUAUCAAGCGAGGGAACUUCACCGAACAAGAAGAGAAGAUGAUCAUUCAUCUCCAGGCACUUCUUGGGAAUAGAUGGGCAGCCAUAGCUUCAUACCUUCCUCAAAGGACAGACAAUGACAUAAAGAAUUACUGGAAUACCCAUCUGAAGAAGAAGCUCAAAAAGAACCAAGGCGUAGAUGAGAACGAGACUACCCAAGAUUACGGCAGUAACCAUAAUUCCUCAUCAUCUUCUCACCAAGCAAUCUCAAAGGGGCAAUGGGAGAGAAGGCUCCAAACUGAUAUCCAAAUGGCCAAACAAGCCCUCUGUGAGGCUUUAUCCAUUGACAAAUCCAAGGCCGCCGCGGCCGAAUCCCCGAACCAAGCGGCUAACCCGCAGGCCCCGCUGUCCGCCCCCUACGCCUCAAGCACUGAAAACAUUGCCAGACUGCUGGGGAACUGGAUGAAAAACUCGGGCCGGAACAAUACAUCCCCAGCCCGGUCCAACUCGGAGACGGUCACAACCCAGACCGGGAUGGCCGGUUCGAGCUCUAGCCCGAGUGAGGGCAACUUUGAUCACUCAAUCUUCAGCUUCAACUCGUGCAACAACUCGGACGUCGUGUCCCAAGCAGUGUCAACCGUUGACGAAAACGGCAGCGUUUUGCAGGUGGAGAGUAAGCCGAACUUCACACCCGUGGUACCUCCCUUCCAACCCGGAGCGAGGCCGAUGAGCAGCGGGGCCGGUGCUGAGACACAAAUGCCCCUGACCUUGCUGGAGAAAUGGCUCUUUGAUGAUGCUGCAUGCAAUGUUCAAGCACAAGAUGAAUUGAUGAUGAGAAUGGGAGUUGACUUGGGUAUGCCCUUAGGUGAAACAGCUGAGUUGUUUUGAAGUCAUAUAUACAACACCAACAUACAUAUAUGCAAAUAUAUAUGCAAUGUGUGUGUAUAUAUGUCUUCCAAACAACUUCUAUAUAUCAUAGUUUACUUUUUACAUUUCUAUAUAUAUCUUAAUUAGGAUUUGAAACUAUAUAUACACAUUAUUAUCCUAGGGGUUACUUAAUUAGUUAAUUAUAAACGCUGGCCUAGAGCAGCAACUACUUCUGCUACUGGAUAAAAAAUGUAUAUUAAGAUGAUGUUUUUUAUUUAUUAGUCUCUAUAUCAAGUAUAUAUAGUGAAUGGGAAUAAUACAUGGAUCCGAGACCUUUUUUCUGCA